AUAUUUUUUUUUUGAAAUAAACGGUAUAACAGUCUCUCUCUCGCUCCAAAUCCCUAGCCAAGUUCUGGCCCCCUCUUCCUCUCAGAUUCGGUCUCGUUCGUCGUUCCUGGCCAACUCCGACCACUAACUCUCUCACCUCAACCGCGGUCACUUUCCUCCUCGGCGCGACUAGCAACACCCACCCUUCGUCAUAAUAACCAUCGCAUGGAAAUUACUUACCAUUCUCACAGUUGCCACAGAUCCGUUAAGAUCAGGGCAAGGAGACAUUCAUAUCAAUGUUUAUGUUUGAAAAGGCUAGUUUAAGCCUCAAGGCGUUUUGUCUUGGCAAGGCAAGUUAAAUUAUCUUCAAAUAACCAUGAUGACCAAUCCUAGAUCCCAACAAAACCUUGAAGCUAGGUCAGGUGGGAAGAUUGUUCGAAAUAGGCGAACUGUUGGUGCUAGGGCUACACCGUAUGAGCGGCCUAGAGUGACAAAUCUGGAACCCGAAAGCCCUAAUUGGCUUUCCAAGAUCAUUUUAUCUCCGACUCGUAUGAUUGCGAGCGGUGCUGGAAAGCUCAUCUCGUCUGUCUUUAAUGUGGAUUCUUCUUCCUCUUCUUCAUCAUCAUCUUCUUCUUCCUUGGGCUCUGACUCCAAUUCAGAGGGAAAUUGCGACAAUAAUCACGUUGAUGAUAUCUCAUCUCAAGGAGCUGAUAUCUUAAAUGAGAGGAAGGGAACAUCAGAAGUAAUCAAUUACUUUAAGAAGGAUCCUGAACCAACAUUAAGAAAAAGAGACACCAAGCAUGCAAUCGAGGCGCUGCUUAUGCAGGAGACUUUCACGAGGGAAGAGUGUAAUAAAUUAAUAAAGAUUAUUAAAUCAAGAGUUGUAGAUGGUUUCAACACCAAAGAUGCAGAAAAUGGGAGUGUGACUUUGAUGCCAAAUGAAGCAUCCAUAGAAACAGACAUGCAAGAUCUUCGAUGUAGAGCUAUUAUGGAAGCGAGAAUAUGGACGUCCGCAAAGAAAUUAAAAUCAGCUUCAAAAUCUGAUUUGCAUAAUGCUAUUGAAGCUGAAGUGGGUUCUCCAGUGGAUAUGGCCAAAGUGUAUAUGCGCACACGUCCACAAUGGGCAUCUCCUACCUUCAACAAUAGAGAGAUCAAAUCUUCAUCACCAAUAAGUGCACAUCUUUUUAAUGAGAAAACACCUUAUUCAAAUGAUGGUAAUGCUUUGUCGUCAUCUAAGCCUAAAUGGGAUACCCCUAACACGGGGUCUUGGAACAUCCAAGAGGAAAUACAGAGAGUGCGUGCUAAAGCAACUGAAGAGAUGCUAAGGAAUUUACCAUCUGAAAAAAUUGAUUGGUCUGCGUCUGGUUUUGAAAAUAGAGCUAUUCCAUGCUCGUUGCUAUCUGAAAACAUAGAUGCUAAUGUAGGAGAAAAACCGGAUAAGUGUACAAACCCGAUAGAUGCUUCUUUGCAGACAGCUGAUAUAAAGAACACAUCCCCCAGUAAUGCUGGCAUUGAUGAUGUUCCUAACUACAAUGACACAAUCACCAGUGCAACUCUCAAGCAGGGACGCCCUAUCGGAGAAGGAAGCCUGCGAGUUACAGAUCCAAGAUUGCUUGAGAACAACUGCACAACAUCUGAAGAUGUGUCUAAAAACGAAAACGGCUCGCCUGGUUUGUCCGCAGGAGUGGCAGGUACUGAUCACAAUCAUCAUGAGGGAAUGCCAGAUGGUGGGGAACCCGCAGCUACAGGCAAGUUUGAUGGCGAGACCUGUGAGCUUUUGAGUGAAACUUACAUCGAGAUCCCAAAUGUGAGUGAUACAAUGAAUGAGAAUGAGUACAUUUCAAACGGCUCUCCAAGUGCUCCAAGCUUGAGCAAUGUGUCGCCUCGGGUCACAACUCGUCAAAACUUGAAACGUGGACCAGCAGCCAAUACGAAUGCCACCAUUGAUGCCGAAAAGCGACAAGGAAAGAGACUGAGCAGAAACAGUAAAAGAAAGUUGUAAUUUAUUAGUUGAGCUUAGUGUCUAUCACGUAGGUUUUAUUGUUAGGUAGUUUUUUGGUGUACGAGAUAUUUAAGCUUAGUAUUAGCAGUAGGUAGUCUGGAAUUGGAAAGAGACCUAAAGGUUGAUUGUGAAUGUUAAGUAGUUCUGCAACUUUCAUUCUGUUUGUUCCAUUAUGCUUGGGCAAAAAAAUUGUGUUUGUGUAAAAUAAAAUUAUUUUAAAUUGGGGAGUGGUACUCCAUGAAGAUUAUUUUUUAA